CAUAAGCUCAAAAAAGUGAAUGAUCGAGUAGAGGAGUCCAUCUUCUACUGUCUCACUACAUUCUUUGGUUUUAUUCCCAAGUCGCAUUCGUGCGCAUUGCCCAGCCAACAUGGCCGCCAACAAGCAGGGCAAGAUGCAAAACCUCAUCAACUAUCGGAUGAGGAUUACCCUGACCGACGGCCGACAGAUGACGGGACAAAUGCUCGCCUUCGAUAAGCACAUGAACCUCGUACUCGCAGACACAGAAGAAUUCCGCCGCGUCAAGCGGAAGUCCAAGCCCGCUGCUGGACCGUCAAACGCUCCCCUGGUCGAAGCGGAAGAGAAGCGGACUCUCGGUCUCACAAUCGUGCGCGGUACUCACGUCGUUUCCUGCUCCGUUGAUGGCCCACCUCCCGCCGAACCCUCCGCGCGACUUGGAACAGGUGCGCCCGGUGCAGCUGCAGCUGCCACUCUUGCUGCUGGCCCAGGAAUAAGCAAGCCCGCUGGACGAGGUCUUCCUGUCGGCCUGGGAGGCCCUGUUGCUGGCGUUGGAGGACCACCACCGCCCCCUGGCGGCUUCGGUGGUUUCCCACCCGGUGGAUUCCCUGGAGCACCUCCUCCGGGAUUUGUUGGCCGUGGAGGACCCCCUGGUGGACCUCCUGGCUUCGGACCCCCACCUGGAUUUGCGCCUCAAGGUGGUCCUCCUGGUGCUUUCCAGCCUCCACCAGGCUUCCAACCUCCCGGUCAGGGCCGGGGUUUCCCUCCUCCAGGCUUUGGUGGUAGAUGAUUAAUUGAUUUCCGGAACGGCACGAUGGCAUACAAUAUCCCGGCCGUCCAUUGAGCACGGCAAGAUUUUGAGGCUAGGAAAAGGAAAAAGGACUCGCCAUGAUUUCAAGUCUAUCCGACAAAUAGAUACAGCACACAUCUCUACCAGGCAAACGGCGUUGCGGCGUGUGCGGAUACUGGAAAUGUCCCGACGAAGAACGAAUCAACUCCAGGAAGUUGGUCUAGGAUCGAUAAGCAGUAAUGCUAAAUAUGUCUAAAGUACCGAUACACUAGUCAAUUCAUAAUAUGUCU